AUGGCCGAUUUACAAGCACAACAACAACCACCCCAAUCACCUCCCACCCUCCGUCAACCUCAGCAACCUCUGCAAGACGGCCAUCCCCUUCUCUUACGGCCUGGCGGAUCGAGGUCCAGUUCUCCUCAACCGCAGCAGGCUCAUCUCUCCAGCUACGAGCAGCUCGAGACCGAUCCCGCCAUGUCCUCUUAUCAACGCGUCUCAUCAGCCGGAUCUGCCAGUUUUGGUCCUCCUGCUCCUCAAUCGCCGCCGCUGCCGCAACAAUCGCAGCCAGCAGCCUCGUCGUCCUCGGCCAACAUGACCAGCUACACCAGUGCCCGUUUCCCCAGCCACUACUUUCCUCCUCAGUCGCCCACCAAUGAGCAAUCCAGCUCGUCCGCCAACCCUUUCGCUGAUGGGCCGGGAGGCUCUCGCUCUCGAAGCAGCACCAUCGGUCAGAACUACCCCAUCGCCAUCGCACCGCCCAUGCCAACGUCACCUCCCCAGCAAUCCGUGCAGCCACUCUUUGCCCAGCACAGCGGCCAUGCCGGCUCCUCGUCCCGUCCAGUUUCCCGCUCCGCCGCGUCCGGGGGCCCCGGUUCCAUGGGCGGACCGAUCCCCUCAAUGCCCGGUGGGAGCGGAGGGAGCGGUCCCAGCACCCGCCCCACCAGUGCCAAAUCCCCCUUCUCACCACCCAUCACCUCCCCGCCACGCAAUCGCCCGCAUCAGAUCCUGCUGAUCAACCCCAACUCGACGCGCUCCAUGACCGAUGCCAUGCUCCAGUCCUUGCGACCCGUCAUCCCCCCGGCGGUCGAGGUGACGGGCUACACAGCUCCGUACCCGGCGCCCACGGCCAUCGAGUCCACGACCGACGCCAUCAUGUCCACGGAAGCCGUGCUCCGAGACCUCGCCAAACACGCCGCCUCCAACGGCGAAACGGUCCAAAACUACGACGGCAUGAUUGUCGCCUGCUUCAGCAAGCACCCGCUCAUCGACGCGCUGCGAGAGUCCUACGACGUGCCCAUCAUUGGCAUCAUGGAGGCCAGUGUCUACGUGGCGCGCAUGCUCGGUGGGCGCUUUGGCAUCGUCGCCACGGGCCAGCGCUCCAAGAUCAAGCAGAACGACGACAUCGCCGCCUACGGGCUCUCGCAUUUCUACGUCGGGAGCGAGGCCACCCAUCUCGGCGUCCUCGAGCUCGAUUCCCGGCCCCGAGAGGAGGUGGCGAAACGCGUGGCGCAUUGUGCACGCGCACUGGUCAUCAAGGGCGCCGACACCAUCUUGCUGGGCUGUGCGGGCAUGACGGACAUGGUCCGGGCGGCGAAAGAUGCCGUCCGGGACGAGGACGGCCGCCGAACUGUCAAUGUCAUUGACAGCGUCGAGGCCGGCAUCAUGAUGAUGAAUAGUCUGAUUGGCAUGGGCAUCCCCACCUCCAAGAAAGGCGUGUACAAGGGGGAGAAGGAGGGCAGGAGGACGCGGGGCCAGAACUGGUUGUGA